AUGGAGGGUGGAAUGGGAUUUCGAGAUUUAAAUCAUUUCAAUCUAGCAUUGCUUGCAAAGAAAUGCUGGAGACUUAUACAGGAGCCUAAUUCUCUAUGGGCACAAGUUAUCAAGGCCAGAUACUUCCCUAACUGCAGUUUCUUAGAAGCAGUUAAAGGCUAUAGGGCAUCCUGGAGCUGGUCUAGCUUACUGGAGGCUAGGGACCAGGUUAUUGGGGGGUGCAACUGGCAAGUCAUCAAUGGCUGUACCAUCAAUAUUUGUAAGGAUAAGUGGCUCCCUCCUCCAAAUGGUAGUUCCGUAGUUACUUCUGGAACUCCACAGGUGGGUGAUCCUACAUGGGUUAAUUGA